AGAAGAAGAAUAUGAAUGCUAUGGUCUCAUUGCUCUCUCGCUUAUCCAAUUGAUACACUCCAAUCCAGUAUCAUCGAAAAAUGAAGGGACAGAAGAACACGGUUCUCGCAAACAAUGUGCUAUUAUUGUGGAGCGGACUUCUAUUGUUCCUCUCCCCAUUAAUUACCUCACAACAAGAAUACCUUGUCGCAGUCGAAGCUGGGUCGAAACUUCCCCAAACGUUAGCUCAUUCUGUUGCUGCGUACGAUGGAAAUGACACCAUUUACGUGUUUGGAGGAUACAACGAAACCUGUCCACCAAGUUAUUUAUCCGACCAAAUUCUACGCUAUACUGUAUCCACGGACAGCAUCGAAGUAGCUGCCAGGUUUCCCAAGGGGCUUUGCUACGGAGCAGUAACCUCUGAUAACGAAGGAGCCUACUAUUUUUUUGGUGGAUAUGACGAAUUUGAGCAAUCACUUGCAAUUUACAAGUUUUCAUCAAUCUCUGGCACAGUGUCGCAGGUCAGUUUCUUGCCAAACGGAGUGAUUCAGACAGCAAGUUUCCAGUCCAACUCGAAAACUUCGUAUGUUUUCGGCGGUGGGCUAGUUGCCACGUCAAUUAUUAAGUUUGACACUGAAACGGACACCAUCACCGAUGUCAUACCCAUGCCUGUUGAAUACGAUCAAAUGCUAUCAUUCUGGGAUAACGUGAAUCAAGUCGCGUAUAUUUUUGGGUCAAGAAGACCGACCCCUGGAGCAGAACCUGUAAUGGUUUUCAGCCCGGAAAGCAAUGAGAUAACAACUCUGACGAAUUUCACCUUUUACGAAUUUGAAUAUCCAACAAGAGGUGUUAUGACAACGGACGGGAUUUACGGCUACGGAGUUGGUGGGUUCUUUCCGUACGAUAGCAUCAUGCAAUUUCACCUGCAAAGUUUAGAGACCAAGUAUGUUCCUGUUCUCAAUCACCCUGGCGCAAAUGGGACCGAGUUUUGGGGGGCCGGUGCCGCAUAUGUGAAUUCUCUGAAUCGAAUUUAUUUCUUUGGAGGAGUGUCCUACAAGUCUGGAGGGGAUUCAAACUUUAAUGAUAAAAUCUGGUUCAUUGAUUUAUCCCCGUUGGAUGGAUGAAAAUUGCUAACAAUUGGAAAUAGUAUAAUAUCCUAAAAUUUGACAGAAGAACCUCCAAGUACUUUACGACCUUAACUCCACAAAGCUGUAAUAAACGAAUCAUUUAAAAUCAAA